AUGGGUGGUCUCCGCCUCGAGGUCACUGUCACUGCACCCACACUCAUGCUGGCCAAGGACAUCAUCCACAAGACUCCACUCCUCAACCUUGAUGCCUACCUGUAUGACAGACUGGAGCUGUUGCAUCCCUACCAGCUCAGGAUGAUCACCAUCACCAAGGCAGACUACCUGGCCAACCUCAAGCACCUCCUCACCAAGGCAGAGACAGUCAGGGCUUUCAUCGGCAGGGAUGAGUCAAAGCUGCAUGGCAACAAGAAGCAGAUCAUCCUUGACCUCUUCAAUGCCCUGGGAUGGAACACUGGAUGCCUCAAGACCACUGCCUUCAAUGCUGCUGAUGCCUGGUGGCUGGAUCAAGAGGACCAAGAGCAGCCUGCUGCUGCACUGGUGCAGGAACCAGAGCCUACCCAUAUCACCCUGAACCACAUCAAGGGUGUGCCAGCCAUGAAGGCACUCUUCACAGCACUCAGGAAGCAGUUGCAAUGCCAUGCCUGCCCUGACCCAGGCUACACAUACACAUGGGAUGGUCAAGCCCAACAGUUCCAAAUCAAGUGCUCAGUGUGUGGCAGAAAGCUGAACCAGUCCCAGGCCAGGGAGCAUAUCCUCCAGCUUGUUACCCAGGAUGAGUUGAUCUUGCCAGAGGAGUUCCUGCCAGCCCCUGCCGAGUCAACUUGGUCUCCCUCCCCAGCUGAGCCAAUCACCACAGUGGAGCAUCUGCCCACUCCAGAGGCUCCAGCUGCCACCACCACCAUGCAGCUGCAUUCCAAGAUGGUCCAGGACCCUACAACAGCCAUGGAGAUGUCUUUGGAGAUCCCCUGGGUGCCCAUGCUCAACACUAUUGUCCCAAUGGAUGGUAUGGUGGAGGUACCACAUCUACCAAGGGUCAAGCAGUCCACCACAAUCAAGCCAGAUGGUAACUGUCUUUUUAGGGCUGUCAGCUACCAUGUCUAUGGUACUCAGGACCACCACAUGGAGGUCAGGAAAGAUGCAGUGGAGUGGCUCCAUAGCCAACCAUACUUGGUGGCCACCUUUGCUGCAGAGGGUAGUGGUCACCUUGGACCUGGUGCCUGGCUGGACCAGAUGGCCAAGGAAGGCACCUGGGGAGAUGAGCUCUCCCUUCUGGGACUCGCAGAGGCACACCACUGCAGCCUGUGGGUGUACUCUGACCAGCAUGACCUCCACACCACCUACCCAGGUGGAGCUGGUGGACCAUACCAGGGGCUCAUCCACCUGGGUGGCAACCACUAUGAGAUCCUGAGCUUGUGA